ACCUGUUCUAGUCUCCUUCACGCCCACUUUGGCCAGGAAAGCUCAAGACUUGACCAUGAGAAAAGGAAGGAAGGUUGAAGCAGGAGCAACAGCAGCAAAAGCAUCCAAAUCUCUCAUAUUGAAGAAGAAUGAUAUGCCCUUUCUUCCUCAAGAGGUGAUAUUCAAUAUCCUUGUUAGACUUCGGGCUGACAUAGUGUAUAAAUUCAGAAGCGUAUGCAAGUCAUGGUACAAUCUAAUCCAUGACCGUGUUUUCAUCCAAUCCCACCUUGGACAUUCCAUUCCUGGUUUGAUCAUAAACCGAAACUUUUUGGAGAGAAAGUUUAUCUAUGAACCAGACUUCAAAGAGAUGAAAGACAAAAAGAAUAUAGAACAAGAUUUGAAGUAUGGUUCCAUAGGAGAGGUCAUUGGUAGCUGCAAUGGUUUGGUACUACUAAAAACUAAGCGAAACUGCCUUUCUGUGGCUAAUUUGAUUACUAAACAAAUAGUGGACCUUCCUUCAGCUAGUAGUGAGAAUUUGGAUUCCUGGUACCAUCAAUGUGGGUUUGCAUAUGUUCCUGAAACUGGCAUAUAUAAAUUGGUGCACCUUCUGAUUGAUGAGUAUACUGUGACAUGUGAGGUGCUCUCCUUGGGGUGUUCUGGUCGCAAUACAUGGAGAUGUGUCAAUGGAUUUUCACUUUCAUCGAGUAGUGAAGAUGAAAGAUGGGAAUUUUAUGGUUCAAAAACGGUAACGAUAAAUGGGAUCGUGUAUUUUGUAGGUGUCACACAUGUUCAAUCUUCUUCCAUGCACAUAGUUUCAUUUGAUGCAGGUGCAGAGGUAUUUCACAUGAUCCGAGCUCCAGUUCAUGAAAUUACAGUAUCUGAUUCUUUCCUAGAACUUGGAGGCGUGUUAUCAUUUGUGCAAGCAACCAAACCUUUUAAAUGCAAUACAUACAUUGUAUGGAUUUUGAAGGAUUGGUUGAAGGGGACAUGGGUGAAGCAACACGUAAUCUCAUUAAGGAAACCAUCUAUGGGGUGUACCUUACACUGGAGUGACAGUUCUGAUUUUCUUCAUGUCGUAUCUAGCUUCUCACAUGGAGGAAGAAAAAUCAUAAUCUUUGAAAUCAAGUCAUCUUCUGAAAUUCUUUCUCACAUUGCGUACGAUCUUGAAUUAAAUCAAGAGAGUGAAAUACAAUUUGAUGUUAGAGGAUGUCCCUCUGGUUUUUUUACUCAUGUCAAUAGUUUGAUCUCUCCUAAGUUGGUAUAAUUGGGUGCACUUAAGUCCCUAAACAC